UGUAAAAUGAGACAGGUCUAAAAACAUUUUUUUAUUUAAAAGAAAUUAGUUUCACAUAAAAAAAGUUUAUUGCAAUAGUUUAACAAAUAUAUUUUGUUAUUUCACGAAAGCAAUAGCCAUUCCAUCCGUUAUGAACUGUCAUUUCGUAAUGAAACCAACUGUCAAUUUGAGAGUGAUAAAGAGAAGAAACGUCAUCGCUUCAACAUAAAACCGAUCAGAAUUUUUCAUUUAUUUAUUUUCUUUGAUGUUUUCAUUGAAGUUUUCUUUUUCAAUUUAAUAUUUCGGGUUAGCAAGACAAUUCGGAUAGUAAUUUCAGUAAAAUGCCCGAGCCAAACAUGAAAGCAUUCGAUGAAAGUGAUUUUAAAGCGGAAAAAUAUGUGAAAGAAUUGGUGCAGGAAUGUGUGGGCGGUGCAGCGCUUCAACAAUGCAAAUCAAAGAUACAAUCAUAUGGCGAACAAACAUCUUCGUCAUUGAAAAAACAUGUCUAUGCCAAUUACAUGCAGUUCAUCGAGACCGCUAAGGAGAUUUCACAUCUGGAAUCCGAAAUGUAUCAAUUAUCACACUUGCUGAUUGAACAACGAAACAUUUUAUCAACAUUGCGUGAACAGUACUCAGUUGACGAUACAAAAGGUGUAUUAUUAAAUGAGCCGACAAAUGAUGCGGACAAAGAUGAAAUCCAAAAUAAGCGAGCACUUGCUGCAAUACAGGAAUCCUUGAUUGGUUUCACUGGAAAUUUAGAAAAUAAAACCUUUCUACACGAAGGUGCUCUAAUCGAAUUGGAUGCAGAAAAAUAUUAUCGUCCGAUUUGUCGCGUUUAUUUCUUCCUCUUAAAUGAUUUGCUUAUCGUGGGAAAAGUGAAGCAUGAUAAGAAACUGGAAUAUGCUGCUCAGUAUGAUGCGACAAAAAUAGCUGUAAUCAAUAUAAAAGAUUUAGAUGGUGUGAAAAAUGCAAUUAAUGUCAUCACACCAGAUGAUUCGAAAAUUUUCCAAUGUAUAAGUGUAACGACGAAGAAUGAAUGGAUCGAUAAAUUUGAAAUGGCUCUAAAAUUUAAUCAAGUGAAAAAGAAGAAAGCACCCGCACCAAAGCCACCAAGCCAUUCGGCCCGACCGACAGUUGUUCCAAGAUCCAUAACUAAAACCAGUUUGGCGAGCGAAGCAACAGUCAGUCCUACAUCCACUGCUAGUGAAUCUGAAAUAGUCAAUGUCAGAUAUGCUCCUGAAUGGGUGCUAUCAGCACACGAAGAAUUUCACACUCUAAUCGCUCAACGUCAUUUUGAAGACGCAUUGACUUUGAUCACAAAAUGUGAAGAAUAUUUUGUAAAAGAUAAUUCAUUUCACAAUGCAAGCGAAACUAUGCAAAAAAUAAAACAACUCAAAAAUGAUCUAUCGAAUGUGCUACUCGAUGAGUUAUCAAAUUGUCAAACACGAAGUUUGUAUGCUGCCUUAGUAUCGUCCCGAGUCAAACUCAAGCUCUUGGCAGACAUGAAUAAGGAUCGUGAAGCAUGUGGGACCAUUUUAAAAGUGUGUACGGCUGCUAUCAGAUCAUCACAACGACAGGCACGUCGAAACAACUUGGAAAUUUCGCAAUUGUUUUUCUGCGAUUUGGCUCAAGUGGCAAGUGAAUUUCUGAAAGCCUUCAAAAACAAAGGAGCCUGCAUGAGCACUUUGGUCGUUUGGUGUAAUUACGAGCUCCAAUAUUUUGCGUCACAGCUCAUUAAACAUUAUCUCACCAAAGGUUCACAAUUAGAAGCCGUGGCAAAAUGUGUGGAUGGAGUACGAGAACCAUGCGCAAAAUUAUCCGAAAUUGGUUUGGAUUUGUUGUAUCAUUUGGAGGGCUUAUUAACAAACACGUUGAAGGAAAUACUCAAAGAGUCUCGCGAACGAUUAGUUGACACAAUAAAUCGAACCGAAAAAGUAUGGCAACCAUACAAUUUACAAACGAAAUCAAACCUUCGAAAUGUUCUAAGGGAUUUAGAUGCGCUGGGUAUCGAUAUGAAAUCACAAGUUACCGGCGACACAUGGAUCAAUUUAACACAAUCCACCGUUAAUUUCUGCCGGCAUUAUCUAUCAAUUUGUGAAAGUUGCGCUGUUCUCGCCAAAAUGGAAGCAAUGCGACCACAUACUCAAGAGUUAUUACGUGAAUUGUUUAAGGCUCAAUAUAACUCAAAGCCGAGCUCAAGUGUUACUGUUGACUUGAAUUUUGUAUCGAAGAAUAACACUUAUCUGGUUGAUACACUGCUACCUGUGACUAUUUCCAAGUAUCAAAAAAUCAGCGGCAGUAAAUGCGAACAAUUGACCAGUCUACUGAAUGAAUUGAGAGGACCGCCAAAACCAAAACCAAGAAGCAUCUACAAAACGGACGUUCUCUAAAUAUUUAGAUAUUUCUAUUCAAAAUAAUAAAAAUCCUUAGAAGGAAAUUAACUCAAUAAAUCAUAAUUAUUUAAUAAAAAUGGCAAUGGCCCUUCUACAAAUUA